ACCAGGAAGUGGAAUUGAGGCAGGCAGCCUCUGCAGAGCGAGAGACACACUCCAUCUGCCAACUCAGACUGGACCCGGCAUCUCACUGUGAAAAGAUAAUUGGAGGCAACAUUUGAUAUGCCCAAUGUCAUGGACAAGAAUGAGGUUUCACCAGGCUCGUCUGCUGCGACCAUGAAAAAGAAGGCGGCAGGCAGUAGCGGAUGUAGCCACAUCAGCGCGCCCAAAGCUGCCACGUCCAAUUGUACGAGAAGCAAAAGCAGCAAUUGUGUUGACUCUGCCCCCGCUGCUGCUGCCAGCCAGAGCCCCCCGAAUGUGAAGCAGCCCGGCGAGGCCAGUAACGCUGUCAUAGACGAGGCGGAGGACGGUGAGGACGAGUCCAAGUUUCAGUAUCCGCGACUGCGCCGAACCGGGGGGAGCGGCAGUGGCGGUGGUGGUGGAGGCGGUAGUAUCAGGAUGAAGAACUUUACGCCAGGAGGGGGAGCCGCGGCCACGGCUACCAGAAAGAACUCCACCAACAACGAGCCCAUCCUACUGCAAACAGAGGGUGCGCCUGCUGCUACUAAGCCCACUGUAGCAUCCAAAGCGACUGAUACCACGACCUGUCCGGGAGAUGCUGCCGGGCGCUGCGAGACCAACAGAGCGGCAGGGGCGGAGGCGUAUGGAGCAGCGGUCGCAGUAGAGGUUUUAAACGCGGCAGCAGGUGAUGCUUGUAACAACAGCACCGCUCCAAUUUCAAGAAUGAAAUGCAACAAAAACGGAGAAUGCAGGAGGGACUCCGGCACCGGGAGCCUGCGCUCGAUCAUCUCCAACAAGACUGCCGGGGCGGGGAGGGCCGAGGACGCGUCCCUUAGGCGUGGUGCCUGUAACUCAGCCAGGGCCAGCAUGGAUGGCUCCGCGACAGGCUCCAUGACGCAGGGCCAGGGGGAAGGUAGCGCAAACCCCGGCGUCACCCCUGUUUCCACCGGCGUCCCCGAGAAAAAGGACUCCAGGGUGUCCUUCUCCAACGCGCCAAGCAGGAAAGCCUCCUCAUCGCUGCACGGCUCGACCCAGACCCAGACGACCCAGCAGCCUAGAAACUCUGUCACCUUCCAGAAGCCGGAGGAUGGACCCCAGAUCCAGGCCGAGGAUGCCGAGGCUGACGGAAGCACCUUCAUGCAACGACAAUUCAGUGCCAUGCUGCAGCCUGGAGUUAACAAAUUCUCCUUACGCAUGUAUGGGAGUCAAAAGGCGGUGGAGAGGGAGCAAGAGCGGGUUAAAUCAGCGGGCAAUUGGAUUAUCCACCCCUACAGUGAUUUCAGGUUCUACUGGGAUUUCACGAUGCUUCUCUUCAUGGUGGGUAACCUGAUUGUCAUCCCGGUGGGCAUCACCUUCUUCAACGAUGGGACGACCACCCCCUGGAUCAUCUUCAACGUCAUCUCCGACACCUUCUUCCUCAUGGACCUGGUCCUCAACUUCCGCACUGGCAUCAUCAUCGAGGACAACUCUGACAUCAUCCUGGACCCCAAGACCAUCAAGAAGACGUACCUGAAGACCUGGUUCAUCGUGGACUUUGUCUCCUCCAUCCCCGUGGAUUAUAUCUUUCUGAUUGUGGAGAAGGGGAUCGACUCUGAGAUGUAUAAGACGGCCAGGGCCCUGAGGAUCGUACGCUUCACUAAGAUCCUGAGUCUGCUGAGGCUGCUGAGGCUGUCCCGGCUCAUCCGCUACAUCCACCAGUGGGAAGAGAUCUUCCAUAUGACCUAUGACCUGGCCAGUGCAGUAAUGCGGAUCUUCAACCUGAUUGGUAUGAUGCUGCUGCUGUGUCACUGGGAUGGCUGUCUGCAAUUCCUGGUUCCCAUGCUGCAGGACUUCCCCCAGGACUGCUGGGUCUCCCUCAACAAGAUGGUGAAUGACACAUGGUCUGAGCUGUAUUCAUUUGCAGUGUUCAAGGCGAUGAGCCACAUGUUGUGUAUCGGCUAUGGUCGGCAGGCCCCGGAGAGCCUGUCUGAUAUCUGGCUCACCAUGCUCAGCAUGAUCGUAGGGGCCACCUGCUACGCUGUGUUCAUAGGCCAUGCCACCGCACUCAUCCAGUCCCUGGACUCGUCCCGACGACAGUACCAGGAGAAGUACAAACAAGUGGAGCAGUACAUGUCUUUCCACAAGCUGCCAUCCGACUUCCGACAGAAAAUCCAUGACUAUUAUGAGCACCGGUACCAGGGGAAGAUGUUUGAUGAAGACAGCAUCCUGGAGGAACUGAACGAACCACUCAGAGAGGAAAUUGUCAAUUUCAACUGCCGUAAGCUGGUGGCGUCCAUGCCGCUGUUCGCCAACGCAGAGCCCAACUUUGUGACAGCCAUGUUGAUCAUGCUCCGCUUCGAGGUCUUCCAGCCUCGUGAUUACAUCAUCAGAGAGGGCACCAUCGGCAAGAAGAUGUACUUUAUCCAGCACGGAGUCUGUAACGUCAUCACCAAGGGAACCCUGGGAAUGAAACUCUCUGAUGGCUCUUACUUUGGAGAGAUCUGUUUGCUGACGCGGGGUCGGCGUACGGCCAGCGUCAGAGCGGAGACGUACUGCCGUCUCUACUCCCUGUCUGUGGACAACUUUAAUGAGGUGCUAGAGGAGUACCCCAUGAUGAGACGGGCCUUUGAGACCGUGGCCAUCGACCGACUGGACCGCAUAGGCAAGAAGAACUCCAUUCUGAUGCACAAAGUGCAGCACGACCUCAACUCCGGCGUCUUCAACAACCAUGAGAAUGAGAUGAUCCAGGAGAUUGUUAAGUACGACCGUGAGAUGGUCAAACUGGUGGACCUCCAGAGACCCCGCACCAUGUCCAUGACAUCCUCCGUCCCUGGGGGCAUGUUCUCCCCCGCAGGCCCAUCCGGGGUCGGGGCCCUCGCCAGCCUCCAGCAGGCUGUGGCCAUGAGCUUCUGCCCCCAGGGGAUGGGGCCGAUGGGGGGAAUGGGGAUGCCGGGGAUGGGGCCGAUGGGUAUGCCGAUGGGGAUGGGGAUGGUGCCAGGUCCGAUGGGGCCAGGUCCGAUGGGGCCAGGUCCGAUGGGGCCAGGGUCAGCGUCUGGGUCAGGGUCAGGGACGCUGCAGUCCCCCCGCAUGUUGCGGAGGUUCCAGGUGGUCCAUAGCCUGUCACAGAGCCCUGUUUCCGCAUCUCCUCUCCAGUCCCAGCCACCACAGAUGGCUCAUGCAACAGGAGUGUUUGGGUCGGCUAUUUCCAGCCCACCAGUUCAGAGCCCUCUGGCGCAUCCAGGACGGACAUUCCAGUACAUGGGGGGAGCGGGGCCGUCUGGGUCUCAGCUGUCCCUGGUGCAGCACCACGUUCCCAGCCCCACGCACACCAUCCAGAGGCCCUCCUCACACAAAAGCACCCACUCGCUCCACUCAGGCACCCUGAGCCAAGACGCCCGUGUCCUCUCCGCCUCCCAGCUCUCCCUCCCUCAGGAUGGAACCCCUCCUGCCGGCCCCAGCCCUCCCCAAUCUACCCACCCAUCCACCCACGCCUCCUCCACCUCCAUCGGCCCCCCUCAGCCCACUCACCCCAGCCAGCCUGGGCCCUCUGGGGUGGGGGUCCAGGUUGGGGGGAGACCCGCGGGAGUUCCACAGCGGGUGGCCUUCGCCUCCACUCCUCCCCCAGGAGGAGCACCCGGGAUGGGGGCGGCUGCAGCGGCGGCUGGGUCGGGGCUCCCGGCCUCUGGAGCUCCUAAGAAGGAUUCGAUCGUUAGCAUACCAGAGUUAGACUCAGCCCGGAACCGGCUGUCUUCCAACUUGUGACCCUAUGAGAGCUGCAGGAGAGAGGCCUUCUUCACAUGGGUGAAUCUAAACGUCUGUUUAUCUCUGUCUGGAUGACCUGACUGGUCGGCUUCCUUACUGACCUGGCUGGCUUCAUAUGGGCCACACCGUCAGUCAUUCUAACUGAAUGUCCUGUGUGUCGGUCGGAGUCAACAAAGAGGAGAGAGGAACUCUUUGGCUCAUGUGACUUGGAGAGUCGAAACAAUUAAACUAGUUUAACAAAGGUGGGACUGGACUAUUCUACUAUGCCAGCACCUGUAGUCUUAGUAUCACCCCUUACACUCUGCUUCCAAACACCUAUAUUGCUGUCUUUAUUGUAAAGAUAUUGAGAAACAACAUAAUUAAUGUAACUGUUGCAUACUGUGUAGAAUCCAUACAAUGCAAUCUAGCAGGAGCUGGACUUAAAAACGCAAAAUCAGGGACUUGAAUCAGAUGACAAUGAUGACAUUUUACGCUUUCAGAAUGUGUUUUUAGGUCCUUUUUUUCUGUAAACGCUGUUGUAGCAAAAUAAAUACAUUUCAUAUUGUUUAAAAUAGUAGUGAAGGUAGUGUUUUAGACCGCUGGUCGAUCUUACAUCGAUGUGUAAAUAGUUAGAAUAGUAAAAAAAAAUACCGAAAGGUAAUAUCUUCAUUGUAACUACUCCAAACCAAAGUUGAGCUUAAACACAAAGUUUGGUUGUGUCUGUAUCAACUAAAAAAGAAAUAUAGAAGAAAAUGCCAUUUAUUCAAUUGCCUUGAUUCCAAGUUUAGAAGCCAUAUAUUUGAUUUGAUUUGUGUGUGUGUGUGUGUGUGUGUGUGUGUGUGUGUGUGUGUGUGUGUGUGUGUGUGUGUGUGUGUGUGUGUGUGUGUGUGUGUGUGUGUGUGUGUGUGUGUGUGUGUGUGUGUGUGUGUGUGUGUGUGUGUGUGUGUGUGUGUGUGUGUGUGUGUGUGUGUGUGUGAGUUGGUAUGCAUGUUUUUGGUUCCAUUCUGUUUUUCCAAGAGAGCUGACUCGUGUACUCAUAUCUUUACACUGCGUUGUCAGGCCUGGUUGUUUGGAUUUGCUGGCAAUGGCACAGGCAAUAUUUCCCAGCUUCUCUGUCCAACUAAAUGUGUCUGGAAAGAUAUCCACUUGUCAUGUCAGCAGAAAUAUACUGAUCGUGACCCUGGAGGCAAAAAUCUGAGCUUUAUCAAAAAGAACCAUCGCAAACAACCCAUACUGUAUACUUGCUUGUUUUCGUCCAGGUUUAUUGAUUAAUACAUGCAAUAUAAUUCUGCAAUACUUUUACCCCGCCUAUAUAUUUAAAUAUAUAUAUAACAUGUAUAUACAUAUGCUGUACAGGUAUCUAAUUUCUUUCUUUUUACUGUGAAACCUUAAAGAAUCCAGCAGCUGCCGUGGCUUCACAUGUUGUGUUAUUGUAAUCCAGUGACCACGUUGUUAUCUUAACCAAAAAUGUCAGAGGAAGUGAGUGGAUGUAAUUAUUUUGUGGUUCAAAUGAGGCAAACUGGUUUCAAACUGGUUCAGGGUCCCCCGAGGAUUCCGGAAUGGAGUUAUGGAAAUCAACUCCCCCAAACUAUCACUUUAAAGUCCAUUUAAAGUAAUAUUGUAUGUUGUAAAGAAAGACUAACUAAUUGACAGAAUGCAUGCCAAUAGGAAAUGUUGUGGGGUAGAGUAAAGUAUGUCUUCACCUGUGUGUUUUUGGUGUUGUAUGUAUAUUGAGCAAGUGAUACAGCUCCUUCGAAUCUCAAACUCUACGAAUGUCUGUACGAAAAUUAUUUAUUCUUCAGCAAUCCUAUUUAGUUCUCAAAAUUCAUGGUUGUGGCGGGUUGUGACAUUGAUUAUAAAUAUUCUAAUGAUUCUAAUCCUGGUGUACUUCAAAGCCUUCUCUUGCUGAAUGUAUGCCAUAUGAGGGGGAAGACAGCUAAUCAGAAAUAAACUGCCAUGUAAAUACAAGGACCGAAAUUAUUCUGGGUGACGAUGCGAAGGGAGAUUGUGUCGCUGAAUGUUUGUGCGAUGUUUCUUAGGUUUAUUGCUUCUCUGGUCUGGGUGUGUUCUUUAUGGAAACUGUGUGUUACCCCAUUCUCUGUUCUAUGACAAGACAAUACACUUUUUUAAAUGAUUGGAUGUAGGACAGAGAGUUGAAACCAUUUUCAGUUUGUCACUGAGAACUGACUCGUUGGUUCACAGCAAAAUUGAGCUCAACAUUAAGCAGAUUGUGUCACAUUAUGAGCCUUUAAUGGAAAGGGAAAUCACAGCUUCAGUCUUUUACAACGGUCACAUCUGGUUAACCUAAUAAUAUCCUGGGAGAAAAUUGGCAGCUGAGUCGUCGUACCAUUUCUGACUUUUGAAGCUUUGAACUUUCAUGAUGAUGGACAUUUCACUCAGGUUUACCACCUUUCCGGAAAGAUAUACAGAUCUGAUAUCUUAAUUUGAUCCCACUGUUGUCGCAGAGAAUAUUCCUGGGCAACAGGAAAUGCAAAUUGUGGUGUAUUCAAGGUUUAAAAAGACUUCUAAAAUUUGUCAUUUCCACUUUAAAAUUUCAGACACAAUUUUCCCUAACGAAAAACACCUACAAAAAAUCCAUUAAUUAUAAUACACAUAAUAAUUACAAUUUUGUGCUGCUGAAGGAUUAUUUUCCUGCUGUGAGAAGCAGGGUCAAAUUAAGAUCCCACGUCUGUAUGGUUUUAUUGAUCCCUUAUUGGUUCACUAUUGAUUUUACCUAAAUUUCACAUCAAUUCUGGAUCACUCGAUAACAAUUAUUAUUAUAUAAGUUUAUCACUUAUAUUCUGAGCCACAUAUCAAAACCUAAUGCUUUGAGCCUAUCAUUUUUAACUAUCACGUCACAUAUUUUAAGUCAGAUCAUAGUCCCCAACAUAUUACUAUAAUGACUGCUUGUUUUCUCCCAUGGCAAAAUGCCUAUACAAUUAUGAAUGAGUUAAGUCUAAAUGAGUGAACUCCAGGUGUGCGCUUCAAUGCUGUGUCAUUGCAAUCAAUUGGUCCUCUUACCUAUUCCUUGUAUGUGCUAAAACCCGAGUUUGCCGUGCUAAGCUAGCUGCUAUAAGGACUGUGCUGAUAUUAUUUGUAAAGAUUUGAAUGAUUGUCCACAGUCAGUGAAAAAAAGAAGGGCAGAGAAAAAACUGCUAUGUUCAGGCAAUAUCAUCUCUGUGUCAGUGCAAGAGUUGCCAUGCACCCAGCAUGACUCUUGAUCAAUGGAUGACACCUCAGUGAAUUUGACAAGCUCUUUCUUGAAUCCCUUGCAUCUGUUAUGUAUAAGAAGGUGUUAUGCAGGUUUUAAGAUAGCGUAUUCAAGUAAAGUCUUACUGGUCAUUUACUGUUGCUUUUGUUCUCUGUGAAAAAGAAACUUGCAAUGGAAUGCAAGUGAGAUUCCCCACAUAUGCUUGAAACCAACCAACGAUUAUUGAGAGACGGUUAUCUCAGUUUAAAAUCUCAAAUUUUUGCCGUACCAGAUAUGAAAGAUAUUAAGGGUACUGAAUACCUUAGUGUUGAUGUCUUAGCAUAUCAGUGUAUUUUAUGUUUCUGUUUCGAUAAGUAUUUUUUGUUUGUUUGUUUUGUUGUUGUUCUUGUUUUUGUUUACAGUUUGCCCCAAUGCACAUGGACAGCAUAUACUGUACCUUGUAUAUCUAGUUUCCACAGUCUCUUUUUGUGGUAUGUACAUGCUUGUAGAAAUGCAAAUAUGUGUUUUUAUUUUCAACUUGCAAUAUAUGUACAAAUGUUAGCUAAAGAUUAGUACUGCUGAAUUAAAAUGACAAUGUCAGUAUAUAUCAAUUUCCCUGGUUUGGGAAACACAAAAUUACACAUUUUUGUUGGUUUGAGCCUUCAAACACCAUGUGCGCUGUACUCUACUCAUCUACUGUAUGUGUGACAUACACAGAGUUAUGGAGGCACAUUGUCGUGUUUGUACCACAAUCUGGUGUAAUCCAAACAUUUUCUACAAUGAGAGGGUGAACUCAAAACAAGCUUUUUCGUGGAGUUUACGCAGUCUAGAUAUCACCUCAGACAACAAACAGUGUUUGUGGACAACUGAACUCAAAUCAAGAAUCAUUCAAGUGAAAAUGGACACCCCAAAACUGUUCAUCUGAAGACCAAGGAAGCAGCAGCAGUACCAAGCUUGAUUACUGUUUCUCAUAUCUGUCUGACUAACCAAUGUAUUUGCUUCUGACCUAGAGGGGAUGUUUGGUUGAUAAUUCCUUGUGGGACCUUCAAAUCUAGACAUUUCUGUGUAACCAACUACAAUGAUUUAAAAUGUCAACUAGUCUGACAAUUAUUAUACCUUAGUGUUGUAGCUACUGUGGCCUGCUUAUCUAAGCCUUCUCUCUGCUUUAGGACUCUCUGUAUAGUGUGUGUGUGUGUGUGUGUGUGUGUGUGUGUGUGUGUGUGUGUGUGUGUGUGUGUGUGUGUGUGUGUGUGUGUGUGUGUGUGUGUGUGUGUGUGUGUGUGUGUGUGUGUGUGUGUGUGUGUGUGUGUGUGUGUGUGUGUGUGUGUGUGUGUGUACCUGUGCCUUUCCUUCUACAUUGUUGGUCCCACUUGAGAACACCAAGCUAGGUCUUCAGGCCCACUCAAGCAGAAACAGACACAAUUGCAAUCUGAGAGCUGCCAUCUGAAAAAGCAGUUUAUUUUGGAAUCUUUUGACAAAAGAGAUUCUACAUCACUGCAGCUAGCCUUCCUAACAGUGGUUCCAGUACAAAGGUUCUCAGAACUCAAGUGGAAUUCUAUGUUCCAGCCACUGUGGGUUUAUCCUCAUCUGGCAAUGAAAAAACUAAACAAAUUUCUCUCGUUGUCACUCAGUGUUUGUCGUUCCCCAUUGAGGUUGUCUUAAAGCCCCUCAGGCUCAGCUUGUGUUUGGGUCUGUACGGGUUAAAGUACUUUAACGCUCCACUGAACUCCAUACUGUACUCUGUCUGAGCUGGUAUCUAGCUGUCCAACCCCAAACUGACCCCUAAACCCUACUCCUAAGUACUUCACAUAUCGUGAAUAUCUGCAAGAAGUGGAUAGAUGUACUCAAUAUGGUAAUAGCUCCACUCUUUCCUUUGGACGGGGUACGGGGUAUACGGCUGUCCUACACUCUCUCUCAGCUGGUCCAAAACUCAGAGCCAGGCUCUGCUCUCUCUCAAUAAGCUGGUCUGUCGGUCGGUGGAAAUGUUGUUAAAGCGUUCCUAACAAAAUGAGUCAUUGUUGUGCAAUAAAAAGAUGAGCGCA